AUGGCGCAAAAAUGCGUGCACUCUGGUUGCGGCAAGCUGUAUACGGAUCCUGAGGAAGAAUGUUUGUAUCAUUCCGGUCCGCCUAUCUUCCACGAGGGGCAGAAAGGUUGGAAAUGCUGCAAACCGCGUGUCCUGACCUUCGACGAGUUCCUAACUAUCCCGCCCUGCACAACUGGCAAACACUCCACAACCGACCUUCCUCCACAAAUCGAGAAGAAACAGGGCUCAGACGUCCCCGAGACCGUCAGCCAAAUCUCACCCGCGACGACUCCCAUUCCUGAAGCUUCACGAGCUCCAAUCUCUGCCCCGCAGCCUACAGCUACCCCCCCACCUCCCCCACCAGAGUCGGAAGACGACGAUCCCAGCCUAGAGAUCCCCAAGGGUAAAAUCUGUAGACGUAGGGCGUGCGGACACCAAUACAAUGGAGAGAGCAGAGAUGGCGAGAAAUGUGUAUUCCAUCCCGGGGCACCGAUAUUCCAUGAGGGGAGCAAGGGCUAUACAUGUUGCAAAAGAAGGGUGCUCGAGUUUGACGAAUUCAUGAAAAUAGAGGGAUGCGAGACUAAGAAUAGACAUUUGUUUAUUGGUAGCGGUAAAACGAAGGGUCAGAAGGCUGGAGGUGUGGAGAUGUUGGAGACUGUUAGACACGACUUUUAUCAGACGCCAACUACAGUAAUCGCAUCAUUCUUCUUGAAGAAGAUUGAUAAGGAGAAGGCAUCUGUCGACUUUGCUACCAACGAGCUUUCUCUUGAUCUUCCUACCACUGAUACUCCUCCGAAGCGCUACAAGAAAGUGGUGCCAUUAUUUGGCCCCAUCGAUACCGCUGCCUCCUCAUUCAAGAUUAUGGGGACAAAAUUGGAGGUAACUUUCGUUAAGGCCGAUGGAAGCGCAUGGCCAGUUCUGAGAAGUGAUGAACAAAGAACGGGCGAGAUUUUUCAGAUAGGCCGAGCGGGAGCCUUGAAAUGA